GGUCGCAGAAGCUGUCUGCUACCUUUCCCGCGGUUUCCGACAGUUGCGGCCUUUCGCGCGUAUUGCGUGUUUUCGUAAUAAUUUGCUCUUGAAAUGGUGUGGACGUAUCCAGCGCGGCGAAAAAUCACUACAGCAUUGCUGCUGCGUCGUCUACGACGGAGACGGAAGCGGACUAUGUACAUCCGAGAGAUAUUCGACAAGCGGCCUUACAUUGGGCAGUACCACAACCUCGUACAGGAGCUGCGGCAAGUGGAUCCAGAAUACCAUUUCAAGUAUUUCAGGAUGACCAAGGCAUCAUUCGACCGUUUGUUGGGCCUGGUGUACUACAGGCUGUUGCAUCCUCCGAAUCAUAGAAGACCCAUAUCUCCUGCGGAGAGACUAGCAGUCACAUUGAGAUUCCUGGCAACCAGCAGUUCCAUGCAGGACACCGCCAUCAAUUACUGUAUGCACGUUUCAACCGUGUCCAACAUAUUGAGCGAGACCCUUGCGGCAAUAUGGGACUGCCUCUCACCACUCGUGUUAAAACCACCAACAACAGCCGAGUGGGAGAAAAUCCGGCAAGUGUACAGCUCUAGGUGGAACUUUCCGAAUGUCAUUGGAAGUAUAGAUGGCAAACAUUUUGCUAUUCGGUGUCCGGACAAAAGCGGCUCUGACUUCUUUAAUUACAAAGGGUUCUAUUCUAGUGUACUGCUUGCAGUGGCUGAUGCAGAAUACCGCUUUAUCCUAGUUGAUGUUGGGGCGCAAGGGCGAGUAUCAGAUGGUGCGUGUUUCAAUGAAAGUGGUAUCAAGGAACACUUUGAACGUGGAACGCUUGGACUACCUUCAUCAGCCUGUCGGUGGCCUGUUUGUAUGUUUUCUGAAAUAAACUACUAG